AUGGAAGAAAAACGUGAAAAGAAAUUCGGUUCGCGUUAUUUAAUCGACGACUCAAUGGUGUUUGAAUAUAACGCGUGGGAUAAUUUCGUAUGGAAUAGAAACGACGAAGAAGAAGCGAUUCGCGAAAUUUUGCGACAAAACCAAUCAAAAAUCUGUGAAAAUGAUGCAAAUAAAUUAAUAAAAAAUGCAUCGAAAAUGUGGAAUAAAUUUUAUUUAAAGCAUAAAAAUAAAUUUUUUAUGGAUCGAAAUUGGCUUUUAAAUGAAUUCAAUGAAUUGAAUUUAGAAAAUUUGGAUCAUGAAACACCACUUCGUUUGCUUGAAGUUGGAUGUGGAGUGGGUAAUUCCAUAUUUCCGAUUUUGAACGCUAAUCAAGGUAGGCGAAUUUUUAUUUAUGCUUGUGAUUUUUCGUCUAUAGCCGUCGAUGUUGUUCGAAAUAAUAUAAGGUAUGAUGAAAAUUUGUGCCGAGCUUUCGUUUGGGAUGUUUGUGGUGAAAUAACCAGCGAAGUUUCUUGUGGAUCUCUUGAUAUUGUGCUAUGUAUUUAUGUUCUAUCAGCAAUACCUCCAGAAAUGCAACAAACUGCAGUUAAAAAUUUAGUAAGGUUAUUGAAACCCGGUGGAGUCCUUUUAUUUAAAGAUUAUGGCUUAUAUGAUCUCACUCAGUUGCGUUUUAAAAAUAAUCGACUUAUAAAGGAAAAUUUUUAUUGCCGUGGUGAUGGAACGCUUGUUUAUUUUUUCACUCAAGAGGAACUGGAUGCGCUUUUUACGAACGCUGGUCUUAGGAAAGAAAUAAACAUUGUUGAUCGAAGAUUAAUUGUUAAUAGAGCUAAGCUUGUUAAAAUGCGUCGAGUUUGGUUACAAUUCUGUGCCCAGUCUUUUAAAAUGGAUAAAAUCUAUUAUGCGGCUGCUGAGAUUUUAGAAGAAAUAUUCAAUAAAAAGAAAAAUGUUAGAAAUGCUAUAUAUGGGAGCAAAUGCAAAAGGAAAAAGAUUCUUUUGCGUUUGUGUUCUGAAACAAUACGUUACAAAAAGUUUUUGGAUGGUAUUUUGGAAUGUAAAGAGAUUCGAAAUUUGCAAAAGAAUUGGAAAAAUGGCAGUCUUUUUUUACUUUAUGCAUUACUUUAUGAUUUUAUAUUUGGAAAUGGAAGCAAAAAGCAAAAUAGUCGACUUAUGAAUGUGUUAAAUAAAUUCGGCGAUCGCAUUAAUAGGAAGAUUGAUAGUUUAACCGCGUUAGGACGUGGUCCUAAUAUUUGUGAAGUCAAUAAAUCUGAUUUAAUGAUACCGAGAUAUGCCAGGAUAAAUACUCUUAAAUGGGCGUUAAAGGAUGCUUUAAUUGCUUUGGAGAAAGAAAAUUGGGUUAUAAGAAAAAUCGAAAUUGAUAAAGGAGUAAAGUUUUUCGAAUUGGUUAAUUCAAUGAAAGCAGAGGAAGUGCUAUUAGAUUGCCAUAUAGAAAAUUUACUUGUUUUCCAUCCGAGAACAGAUUUACAUGCUUAUUGGAUGGUGUUUGAUGGAUAUUUAGUAUUGCAAGAUAAGGCAAGUUGUCUUUCUGCUCUUCUUCUCAAACCUAAGCCAAGUUAUCAUUGUUUUGAUGCAUGUGCAGCUCCAGGUAUGAAGACAUCUCACUUAUCCGCAUUGCUUUCGAAUGAAGGAAUAGUUUGGGCGAUGGAUAAAGAUCCAACUCGGAUAAAAGUUAUGCGUAAAAUGCUUAAAAAACUCGGCUGCUCAAAUAUCAAUGUUGAAUGUGGAGAUUUCCUUCGCGUUGAUGUUAAUGAUGAAAAAUAUUCGAGGGUACGUUAUGUUUUGGUAGAUCCACCAUGUUCUGGGUCUGGAAUAGUGAAACGUCUGGACAAGUUCUUAGAUGAAAACUCGGCUACCGACCCUAAACGGCUGCGCUCACUUUCUAAUUUGCAGGCUAUGAUGUUAAAACAUGCGAUGAAGUUUCCUAAUCUCAGGAGAUUAGUUUAUUCAACGUGUUCAGUUAAUGAGGAGGAGAAUGAACAAGUUGUAGCAGAGGUGAUCAACGAUGAGGAAAUACGAUCGAAAUUCGAACUUAGUUAUGCAUUACCGUCGUGGCCGAAUCGUGGCCUUAAUAGUUAUGAUUUUGGAGAAAAAUGUUUACGUACUUCUUCUGAUUACGAUUUAACUAAUGGUUUUUUUAUUGCAGUUUUUAAAAAGGUGAAAAUUUUGUGA